AAAUUAAGCAGCCAUUUGGAUGUAAUAUCUUUAAACGAUCGCAUUGUAAAAUGUUUUUUGCUGCCCCUUGAAGAGGGAUUUGUUGCAGUGGAAAUGAUACACAGUACUUGAGUUGAUUCUUUGUUUUGAAAUGUUUUAUUUUGCAUUGGUUAUUGAUUAACCUAAUCUACUUAUUCCAGGUAUUUUAUCAAUGCUGUAAUUUAUAGUAGAUAUCUGUGAAAUGAAACGUUUUGUAUGCAUUGAGUUUGUUGAGGGUAGAGAGACCGCUAUUGCAUGUAGAGAAUGGAUGCUCUCUUCAACAGAAUGUCAAUGGCCACCAUCAGGAAAUAUUCAGACGUUGGUCAAACAAGUAAAACGUCCAGAAGCUGACUGGACAACUUAUAGAUGCCGAAUACUUUGUGGAGCAGGAACAUUUGAACGGUGUACUAAAAAAGCACACACGCUAAAGAAUGUGGGCUCCUCUGAAGCGGGCAGUGACAGUGACUUCCAAACAAUGUUUUCACCGACACAAAUGCAGACAUUAGAUCACACUCCUGGUGGAUCAUACUGCGUAAAACAUACAGUUUCACCAUCUGAACCAAUACGCAAAAGACUGAAUACAUCGGCCCCAACACCUGAAAAAAUACGUAAAAUACAGGCAGCUGAUCAAAACUCCAAUAUUUUGCAUCUGAUUGGGUGUAUCAGAACAGAUAUGUCAGAAAUUCAAAGAAACGUAAUGAAACUUCACAAAAAAAUGGACAACAUCAAAGAAAUAACCCACGCUGGAAGAAGCUACAUUAAUUUUGCACCUGCAAACACACUGGAAGAACUUAAUCAGUUGAUUCAUCAAGAAAAUAAUUUCUCUGCUUUGGCUGGUGUAGUGGAGAGAGACACUCUUCGAAGUACUAUAAGAGAAUUUGUGAAGCGUUUUUUCACCAAGAAGCUGGCAUUACAGUUUUCGUGGUCGGGCUUGGGAGAAAAAAGAAGAAAAAUCAAAACGUCGUUUAAAGAUCAUACAAUAUAUUCUGUACUUGGAAUUCAACAUUUUCUUGUGAACACCCCGUCAGAAUAUUCCUAG